AUGGUUAUGCUGUCACUGCACCUCCCAUCACCCAUCAGCUCCUCUCUGCGCCCCCCGCCCCGCGCCCCGCAUUGCCCGGAGGGUCCCCGAGCCCGUUCCGUGUUCUCUCCUUCCGCUGGACACCAGCCCCCUUCGCCCGCCCCGGCCCGGGCCGGCAGCCAUGGUCGGCACAGACUCGCCCGCCCCGGACUCAGCCCGACCCCGCCGCGCUGCAGGCUGCGCCGCCCGGUGCCCCGCAGCCCCUCUGGGCGCCGCAGCCCAGGCAGGGGGAGGCAGCACGCGCAGCCGAGCGCCCCGACACCCAUUUACCCUUCCCGAUGGGCACCCGGAGCCUCCAUGUUUCUGGGUGACCGCAAGCGCCGGCGGAACCGCGGCGGCGGCGGCGGGAUGCGGGCGGCCAGCCGGGAGCCGGCUCUGCAGUCCCGCCGGCGGCGCGUAAGGAGAGCCCGGCCGCCGCCCGCAGCCGCACCGCGCCACGCAGCGCCGCACCUGGCCGCCAGCGAACUCGAAUUAAAGGGGCCGGCGGGGGCCCGAGCCGGCGAGGCGCGCCGCCCGCCGCCGCCACCGGGCUGUCCUCUCAGUGGGGGCCCCGGGCCUCGGCCCCCUCCCCGGGAGGAAAGCACCCCAUCCCUUGGCAGAGCUCAGCUUACUAACCAGAACCUCGUGGAGGGCUGA